AUGACGCACGACAACAGCCACGCCGUGAUCCAGAAGUUCCGGUCCCUCGGCGCGGGCCGGCCGUGGGAUCCGCGACAAAUGGUGUUCGCCCUGGACCACGACAUCCAGAACACCAGUGCGUCCAAUCUCGCGCGGUACGCCUCCAUCGAGGAGUUCGCGCGGCAGCACGACGUAGACUUCUACCCUGCCGGGCGCGGCAUCGGGCAUCAGGUGAUGGUCGAGGAGCUGUACGCGGAGCCCGGCAGCUUGUGCGUGGCCUCGGACUCCCAUUCCAACAUGUAUGGCGGAGUGGGCUGCCUUGGGACCCCAGUGGUUCGGACAGACGCCGCGUCAAUUUGGACCACUGGCCGCACGUGGUGGCGGGUGCCCCCCAUCGCCCGGGUGGAUUUGGUCGGCCGUCUGCCCCCAGGGUGCUCCGGGAAGGACGUGAUCAUCGCCCUGUGCGGCGUCCUGAAUCAGGACGAGGUGCUCAACCACGCCGUCGAGUUUGGCGGGCAGGGCGUGGGAUCCCUCGGCAUCGAGGACCGCCUCACCAUCGCCAACAUGUCUACGGAGUGGGGGGCGCUCUGCGGCCUGUUCCCCAUCGACGAGCACGUCCUCAGGUGGUGGUCCAGCCGCGCCGGCGCGGUGGUGCGCCCACGGCCCGGCGCCCCUGCGCCGCUGGCCAGCGCCGCUUCUCGCGCGGAGAGGGCGCGGCGGCUGGUGGACGACCUCGAGUCCAACCCACUUGCGGCGGAUGAGGACGCACAGUAUGCCAAGCGCUUCCGCCUCGACAUGAGCACCCUGUCGCCGCUCGUCACCGGGGGGAACGUCCUGAAGGAGGCCGAGGCCGCGGGCGCUGGCGAGCGCAUCAGGAUACAGAAGGCCUGGCUGGUCUCCUGUGUGAACGCUCGCUCGGGGGACAUCGCCGCGGCGGCCAGGGAGUUGCGAGGCCGGAAGGUGGCGCCUUGGGUGGAUUUCUACGUCGCCGCCGCGAGCAGCGAGGUACAGGCGCAGAGCGAGCUGACUGGCGACUGGCAGGUCCUGCUCGACGCCGGCGCCAAGGUGCUGCCCCCGGGCUGCGGCGCCUGCGCGGGCCUGGGCGCGGGCACGAUAAGCGCGGGCGAGGUUGGCGUCGCGACCACCAACAGGAACUUCAAGGGGAGGAUGGGCAGCCGCGAGGGGAUCGUGCACCUCGCUUCUCCGGCCGUUGUCGGGGCGUCCGCCGCGGAGGGCUUCAUAGCGGCCCCCGCCGGCUCGCGUCAGGCGCGGGCCCCGGUCGUCGUGGAGCGGGUGGAGCAGAGCGGCCUGGAGCCCGAGGCGGGCCAGGAUGGUGCUGUGGCUGAUCUGCCGCUGGGCUCUCAGCAGCCCCUUGUGGAGGACUUCCCGCGCAUCAUCGAGGGGGAGCUCCUGUGGUGCGGCGCGGAUAACAUCUCAACAGAUGGGAUAUAUCAUGGCCGGCUGAUGUACGAGGUCCUGUCGGAGGAGCAGAUGGCCAAUGCAUCCAUGGAGAACUACGACCCGCGGUUCGCCGGGCUCGUGCAGACCACCACGAGCCCCAUCGUGGCGUCCGGCUCCAACUUCGGCUGCGGGUCCAGCCGCGAGCAGGCCGCGCAGUGCUUGAAGCACGCCGGCGUGGCCGCGCUGCUGGCAGCCUCGUACUCCGCCACCUACACCCGCAACGCUCUGAACAACGGGCUGCCAGCCUUCGAGUCCCCAGAGCUGUCCCUGUUCCUCCGCCAGAAGUUCGGGUCUGGGACCGAGGCCUCCAUCGAGCGACCGACGGUGGCGACUGGCUACCGGGCGCGGCUCGACCUGACGGCGUGGGAGGUGCGGCUGCUCGAGGGCCAGGAGCUCGUGGCCUCCUUCCCGCUGGUCCCGAUGGGCGCCGCGGCGCAGGAGCUCGUGGCCUGCGGCGGCAUCGAGCAGUGGAUUCGCAGGCGUACGGUGUUCUUGAAGACCGCGGCGCCGGCUGUGAGCCAAAUGCGGGAUAUUGUUGGGCGUCAUUUGGCCAGGACAGCAGUGAGUAAGCCUUGCGCUACCCCGCCGCCCUCAGCCCGAUGUUGCACUGCCCCGCUGAAGGAGGACUCGCGGUGCUUCUUCAGCUUCUUUAUGGGGGCGCUCCUCUGCCAUCUCCUCGACGCCGAGGGGCGCCGUGGCGGCAGGGGCAUCGCCAGCGCCCUCAGAGGACCCUGCGCCUCGCUGCCCCGCGGUCGUACCUGGGGCUGCUUGGCGCACCUCGUCACUUUAGCUAGUCAGCCGCCAUCUCGACCUCGCGACCUCAAGCGUUGGAGCACAGAGAAGGCAAAUCUCUCUGCACGCGCGCCUGCUGCCCGGACGGGGCAGCCUGCAGCCCCCUGA